AUGGAAACAGAUAGGACGUCUCGUUCGUCAGUCAGUAGGAGUUGGCAACGCGGAAGUUAUCGCGGCCGGAGCGGAAGACGGCGAAAACGCAAGCGGAAGCCAUGGGGUGAGCGGAUCGCCGACUGGAUCAGGACGCUGAUAGCAUUCCUCUUCAGUAACGUCGGCAUCGUGUGUCUAGUAGUGGGCUACACUAUAGCGGGUGCCUUCCUAUUCAUCUACAUUGAAGGUACCAGCUUGAACGUCGAUCUCAUCGAGCUAAGAAAUUCAACGGCUGUCUCUCUUUGGGAGCUUACUUCUAAGGAAAAUGUGUUUUCGGAAAAACUCUGGAAGGAGAAGGUAAGAAACAUUCUCGAGAAUUACCAAACGACGAUAGUGUCAACUAUAAAAGAACACAAUUGUAUGAAGAAAACUAAGUGGACUUUUGCCGGUGCUUUUCUGUAUUCCCUUACCGUGAUAACGACCAUCGGUUACGGCAACAUUUGUCCCAAGACGAAACAGGGCAAAAUCGCGACUAUCAUAUACGCAAUAAUAGGGAUGCCGCUUUUCCUUCUCUACCUCAGCAAUAUCGGUGACAUUCUGGCCAGAAGCUUCAAGUGGACCUACGCCCGCUGUUGCUUGUGCAAAUGCCGGAGAAGACCAUACGAUGCGGCAAGUGCAAGAGCGUCGGAGAUAUUGAAUGAUCCAGCUGCGAAAAGAGAUCGGUGGCAGCAAAUUGUAAGCACGUAUGGCGAGGAGGUAGAUACGUCAAGCUUGAAUGUAGAAGAAACUUUACCUAGAUACGACGACAACGGAGAAGUUAACGGAAGUGACGGCGAUGACGAAGACGAUGACGACGAGAGUGACAGCUACGAUCCUCAGCAUGUCACGGUGCCGUUAACUCUCUGUCUUGCUAUUAUGGUGGGGUAUAUUUGGGGUGGCGCAUUUCUGUUUUCGACAUGGGAAUCUUGGGAUAUGCUGGAUAGUUCUUAUUUUUGCUUCGUUUCUUUAUCGACCAUAGGUUUCGGCGAUAUUGUUCCUGGUGAGAAAAUUUAUUCCGAACAUGCCUUCGAUUUGUCUUUUAUCCUGUGUUCAAUGUACCUAAUGCUUGGAAUGGCACUGAUCGCUAUGUGUUUUAAUCUUAUGCAAGAAGAGGUGAUCGCGAAGAUACGCAACCUAGUGCGCAUCGUCAAGUACAUCUUCAGAUGUGAAAGAUGA